UUUGGUCACACUGCCUCCAACAGCUGACGAGACUGUAUAAAAAAAAGGAGGCACUUUUUAACAAUUUAUUUUUCCUUUGAUAUCGGGAAGCUUACACACCUUAUAUGGGCAAACGACGCAGUCGGGAGCGUGGUCGCGACCAGGAACCACAUUUAUCCGGCGAUGAGGUGGUCACCAAAAUAAACGAUCGCAACUCAACCAAAACCAAGAAAGCCAAGCGAAUGCGGGACCGCCAUAACUCGCGUUCAUCGGAUUCCUCUUCCGAAAGCAAGAAAUCGAUUCGCAACAGCUUCUCGCCAGAUAGAAAGAAACAGAGGCCCGUCAGGAAAGCCAGGGAAUCACCUGAGGCCCCGGAGAAGCACUCCAAACAACCCGCAAAACUCUCGGAGGAGAUGCAAGAGCAGCGCUCCAAGUGGGACAGUCCGGAACGCAGCAGCUCCCAUCGAAACAGCAUAAGGCAGCGACGGCACAGCCGAAGCCGCUCCAGGGAUCGUGGCGAGCGCGAGAGGGAACGGGAGCGGGACAGAGACCGCGAUCGGAACCGCGAUCAAGAGCGGGAUAAUCACAUGCACCGCAGCGGAAGAGACCGAGAGCGCAGCAAGCGAUCCCCAGGACAUCGGCAGCUGUCUCGGAGCAGCGAGUGCAAGGAUCGCCAACGGAGGUCGCCAGAAAGGAGGCCAGUUCGCCAAAGUAGAAGUCCCCGCGAUCAUUCUCAUCGCGUGGGGCCAAACUUCGGCCAAGGACGACAUCGAAAUCAGCGUCGCGACAUCCGAAACAGGAAUGAGGAAGAGCAGUACAACUGGGGCAAGGCAGGUGACGAUAAGGCACCGCCGGAAGGAGAGGAGCCAGUGGACAAGGAGAAGCCAAACUUCGGUCUAAGUGGAGCACUCACCGAAGACGCCAACAAGGUGAAUGGCGUGGUGGUUAAAUACUCAGAGCCCCCGGAGGCCCGCAAGCCCAAGCGCCGCUGGAGAUUAUACCCGUUCAAGGGUGAGACGGCGUUGCCCACUCUGCAUAUUCAUCGACAGAGUUGCUUUCUGGUUGGGCGCGACCGCAAAGUGGUCGACCUAGCGGUGGAUCAUCCAAGUUGCUCCAAACAGCAUGCCGCCCUGCAGUACCGACUGGUACCAUUCGAGCGGGAGGAUGGCAGCCAUGGGAAACGCGUGCGGCUAUACCUCAUCGAUCUGGAGUCAGCCAACGGCACGUUUCUAAACAACAAAAAGAUUGAUGGCAGAAAGUACUAUGAGCUAAUGGAGAAGGACGUGAUCAAGUUCGGCUUUAGUUCCCGCGAGUAUGUGCUGCUGCACGAGAACAGCAAGGAAGACCAGGAGGACGACGAUGUACAUAUCAAGGAUGAGCCGCAGGAUUUGCUUGCUGAAGUGGCCAAUCCUUAGAUCGCACCCAUACUUUAGUUGUAUUUGUUAAUUUCAUUAAGCUAACUACAGACUUUUAUGUUUUGCGUUUAGCAACCCAGGCCUUGCGCGAGAGAAUAUGUAUGUAUAAAGUCUUACGGAACACGGUUUUUUCGUGUUCACUGCCAACAAAAAAUAAAUUGUACUCGAAAUCCA